AUGGCUGCCAUGUGCGAUGAAACCAUGUCAAUCUCAACGACCAUACCAAUGUCAAAAUAUCAAUACGGUGGUGGUCGGGAUUUGAUCGUCACCACCCCCCCACCGUCGCGGCUCGGUUGUCGUGACAGCGUCUCCUCCUGUGAUUCCGCGCGAGUAAACAACUCAUCACCGUCAACAUUAUGGUCGCCGUCGCCAUCUCCGCCCUUUCCACCCUCACCACCCCAAAGUAUCAACACGAACAUCGUCAAGGUUAAGAGCAGCCGCCAUCGCGCAUCGUCACAGAGGGAAGCCAAUCGAUCUAAACAAUUCACAACCCGCCUGCAGCGUAGUGCCAGCGCAAGCCUUAAGCCAGCCGCCUCAACUGGUACAAGCGGUGAGAUCUUGCCAGGGCGCCGCAGAGGCCGUUUCCAGAAUCGAAAUACCGCCAGCCUCCCCGUGGGUCACGGAUUGAAAUCCAUCGAACCGCCGCAUGAGCAGGCCCUGUCGAAGAUGGCCUUUGCGGAGCAGCAGAAAUGGAUUACCGUCCAGCAGAAGACCUUCACAAAAUGGUUGAACACAAAGAUUGAAGCUCGAGAGUUAUCUGUUGUAGAUCUUGUGAAGGAUCUCAGUGAUGGGGUUAUCCUUAUUCAUCUUCUCGAAUGUCUUUCCAAUGAAUCCCUCGGUCGAUAUGCGGCGAAGCCCAAACUCCGAGUACAGCGGUUCGAAAAUGCCAACUUAUCUUUAGACUUUAUUAAGUCGCGCGGGAUACAAAUGACGAAUAUCGGAGCCGAAGAUGUCGUAGACGGCAAUCGAAAGAUUAUUUUAGGUCUGAUAUGGACCUUGAUUCUGCGGUUUACCAUCUCGGAUAUUAAUGAAGAAGGAAUGACGGCAAAGGAAGGCCUGUUACUUUGGUGCCAAAGGAAAACGGCCUGCUACGAUGAAGUUGAUGUGCGAAAUUUCACCGACAGCUGGAACGAUGGCCUGGCCUUUUGCGCACUGCUGGAUAUUCAUCGACCAGACCUGAUUGACUAUGAUUCCUUAGAUAAGGACGAUCAUCGGGGCAACAUGCAAUUGGCGUUUGAGAUUGCUCACAAGGAAAUUGGGAUCCCCGACCUCUUGGAUGUGGAGGAUGUGUGCGAUGUCGCAAAACCAGAUGAGAGGAGUCUGAUGACAUACAUCGCCUAUUGGUUCCAUGCUUUCUCACAAAUGGAGAAGGUCGAGAAUGCCGGAAGGCGGGUCGAGAAAUUCGUGAACAAUAUGCAGGGUGCCUGGGAAAUGCAGAGCAGCUAUGAGAGAAGGAUGAGGCAGUUGCUAAAUAAUAUCAGGGAUCAAGGCCUGCAAUGGCAGCAAGCAGCAUUUGAGGGAUCAUACGCCGAUGCGAAACGGCAAGCAACAGAAUUCAGCGCUUACAAAAGGGGCGAAAAAAGAGAAUGGGUUGCGGAGAAGAGCGACCUAGUUGCGCUAUUGGGCAACAUCAAAACAAAAAUGAGCACAUAUAGGUUGAGGGCAUACGAGCCACCGCCAGAGUUGGGACUAAGCGUGGUGGAACAGGAAUGGGCCGCUUUGAUGAAGUCCGAAAUGGCAAGAGGCCAGCUCAUUAACGAAACGAUAAGAGACAUUAAGAAUGCUCUGCGUAAAUCCUUCGCAGACAAAGCGAAUGAUUUCGCUCUUGCACUAAACACCAUGCAACUUGCUAUAUCGGGACUGGAGGGGGACGUUGAGGAUCAGCUACAACAUGUCAGGCGGCUGAACGAGAAUUUGACGCCAUUAAACCAGUACCUAGAAACUAUUGCGGUGGUUGAUCAAAAAUGCGAGGAGGCAAAUAUUGAGGAGAACGACUUCACAACUUACACAUACGACGAGCUUUGCUAUGAACUUAGCUUGGUCAAGAAUUCGGUCUCAAAGAAGCUGGCCUUCUUGGAUAAUCAAGUAGUGGCACGCAAUAUGACAAAUUUAACGCCAAUUCAGCUAGAGGAGUUCGAAAGUGUCUUCCGCCACUUCGAUCGAGAUGCCACUAAUAGCCUUCAAGAACUCGAGUUCAGUGCUGCUCUAGCAUCGCUUGGGCUUGUCUUUAGCGAGAACGAAAUGCACGAAUAUUUCCUUGAGACCUCUAACGGCAGGGACUAUGUCACUUUUGAGCAAUUCAUUAGAUUCAUGGUCGAUGUUACUGAGGAUCAGAACACUGCAGAACAGGUCUUCCAGAGUUUCCGAGAAGUUGCUGACGGAAAGCCAUAUAUUACGGAAAUGGAUCUUCGACAUAGUCUUGUGCCUGAUGAUGUUAUCGAAAAGCUCACCAUGAUCGUACCUUUACAUAAGGGACCAGAUCUGCAGGAAGACCGAGGAAUGCCACAAUACAACUACGUCAGCUUCAUGGACAAAUUGAUUAGUGACCCGAGUGACGAGUUGGGAGAGUCUUUUGCUUUAACAGAUAUUUCCAACGGUCGGAGUCCAGAGCGGUCCGACUCGCCUACUAAGACAAAGGAAUGCUAUUAA